CGGCCCGGCGCGGGGGGCGCCCGCCCACCUGGGCGUUGCUGCCCGGGCCGCCGGCUCCUCCUCUUCCCGCUCUCCGCUCCCUUCCACUCCGGGACUGCGGGGAGCCGGGGGAAGGCGGUGCGGACAGCAUGGCUCGUGUGCUGAGCCGGGACCCGGUGGACAUUGAGAACAUUCUGGCUUUAAAUCCCCGAAAACAAACACAUGCAACUCUUCACUCAACUGCAGCAAAGAAACAAGUCAAGAAGCAAUGGAAAAGGAAUUCUGACAAAAACUGUUCAAACUGUGAGAAACUGGAAAAUAAUUUUGAUGACAUCAAGCACACGACUCUUAGUGAGCGAGGAGCACUUCGAGAAGCAAUGAGAUGCUUAAAGUGUGCAGAUGCCCCCUGCCAGAAGAGUUGCCCAACUAAUCUGGACAUCAAGUCAUUCAUCACAAGUAUUGCAAACAAGAACUACUAUGGAGCUGCUAAAAUGAUUCUUUCUGACAAUCCACUUGGCCUGACAUGCGGAAUGGUGUGUCCCACAUCAGAUCUCUGUGUUGGUGGCUGCAAUUUGUAUGCCACUGAGGAAGGACCAAUUAAUAUUGGUGGAUUGCAGCAGUUUGCUACUGAGGUUUUCAAAGCCAUGAAUAUUCCUCAGAUCAGAAAUCCUUCCUUACCUCCUCUAGAAGAUAUGCCUGAAGCAUAUCAGGUGAAGAUAGCUCUUCUUGGUGCAGGACCUGCAAGUUUAAGUUGUGCUUCCUUUUUGGCUCGACUGGGCUAUUCAAACAUCACCAUAUUUGAAAAGCAGGAGUACCUUGGGGGCUUAAGUAUGUCUGAAAUCCCCCAGUUCCGUUUGCCGUAUGAUGUAGUGAAUUUUGAAGCCAAGCUUAUGAAGGAUCUUGGAGUGAAGAUAAUUUUUAGGAAAGGCCUUGCAGUGGAUGGAAUGACACUCCACACCCUGAAAGAAGAUGGCUAUAAAGCAGUCUUUAUUGGGAUAGGUUUGCCAGAACCAAACAGAGACAGUAUAUUCCAAGGACUGACAAUGAAUCAAGGAUUCUACACAUCUAAAGACUUCUUACCUUUGGUAGCAAUGGCAAGUAAACCAGGGAUGUGUGCCUGUCAGUCUGCGUUGCCAUCAGUCCAUGGCACUGUGAUUGUGCUGGGGGCAGGCGACACUGCGUUCGACUGCGCGACGUCUGCCCUGCGCUGCGGAGCUCGCCGCGUCUUUGUGGUCUUCAGGAAGGGAUUCACCCACAUCAGGGCAGUCCCAGAAGAGAUGGAACUUGCAAAAGAAGAGAAGUGUGAAUUUCUGCCUUUCCUCUCUCCUCGGAAAGUGGUUGUAAAAGGUGGACAAAUCGUUGCUAUGGAAUUUGUUCGAACUGAGCAAGACAGCGAUGGAAACUGGAGAGAGGAUGAGGAGCAGGUUGUCCGUCUGAAAACUGACGUGGUGAUCAGUGCCUUUGGCUCCAUUCUGAGUGACAAUAAAGUCAGAGAGGCCAUGGCACCUAUCAAGUUUAACAGAUGGGGUCUCCCUGAAGUAGACCCAGAAACGAUGCAGACAAGUGAGCCCUGGGUGUUUGCUGGGGGUGACAUUGGUGGCGUUGCCAACACGACGGUGGAAUCAGUGAACGAUGGCAAACAGGCUUCCUGGUACAUGCACAGAUACAUCCAGUCUUUGUAUGGUGUUGCAGUUCCUACAGUUCCAGAGCUACCUCUCUUCUAUACUCCUAUAGAUUUGGUGGAUAUCAGUGUAGAAAUGGCUGGACUGAAGUUUCCAAAUCCCUUUGGCCUUGCCAGUGCAACCCCUGCUACCAGUUCUUCAAUGAUUCGGAGAGCAUUUGAAGCUGGAUGGGGCUUUGCUGUCACUAAAACAUUCUCCCUGGAUAAGGAUAUUGUAACCAAUGUUUCUCCAAGGAUUGUGCGUGGGACUACUUCAGGCCCCCUGUAUGGCCCAGGGCAAGGCUCCUUUCUAAACAUUGAACUGAUCAGUGAGAAAACAGCAGCAUAUUGGUGCAGAAGCAUUACUGAACUGAAGGCUGACUUUCCAAACCAUGUUCUGAUUGCCAGCAUCAUGUGCACCUAUAACAAGGAAGACUGGACUAAACUUUCAAAAAUGGCUGAGGUCGCUGGUGCUGAUGCUCUGGAGUUGAAUUUAUCAUGUCCUCAUGGUAUGGGGGAGCGAGGCAUGGGACUGGCCUGUGGGCAGGAUCCAGAGCUGGUACGGAACAUCUGUCGCUGGGUUAGACAAGCUGUUCACAUUCCUUUCUUUGCCAAACUGACCCCAAAUGUCACUGAUAUUGUGAAAAUUGCAAUGGCUGCACAGGAAGGUGGCGCAGAUGGUGUUACAGCCACCAACACUGUGUCAGGACUGAUGGGACUGAAAGCAGACAGCACACCUUGGCCAGCAGUUGGUCGAGGGCUGAGGACCACAUAUGGUGGCAUGUCAGGGAACGCCAUCCGGCCCAUCGCCCUGCGCGCCGUGUCCGCCAUCGCCCGCGCCCUGCCCGGCUUCCCCGUCCUGGCGACCGGGGGCAUCGACUCUGCUGAGGCUGGCCUGCAGUUUCUGCACACUGGUGCUUCUGUCCUACAGGUGUGCAGUGCUAUCCAAAACCAAGAUUUCACUGUUAUUGAUGACUACUGCACGGGACUGCGAGCUCUUCUGUACCUGAAAAGCAUCGAGGAGCUUGAAGACUGGGAUGGACAGAGUCCUGCAACCAUGUGCCACCAGAAAGGAAAACCAGUACCUAGAAUUCCUGAGCUGAUGGGAAAGAAUCUGCCCAGUUUUGGGCCUUACCUGGAGCAACGCAGAAAGAUAAUAGCUGAGAACAAGAUUAGGCUGAAGGCACAGAGCAUGGCUGCUGAGCUGGCUGAGAAAAAACACUUCAUUCCCAAGAAGCCCAUUCCAGCAAUCAAGGAUGUAAUUGGAAAAGCACUGCAGUAUAUUGGAACAUAUGGUGAUCUGUGCAACACAGAGCAAGUUGUGGCUGUGAUUGACCAGGAAAUGUGUAUCAACUGUGGCAAAUGCUACAUGACCUGUAAUGAUUCUGGCUACCAGGCGAUCCGCUUCGAGCCCGACACGCACCUGCCCGCGGUGACGGGCGGCUGCACGGGCUGCACGCUGUGCCUGGGCGUGUGCCCCGUGCCGGGCUGCGUCCGCAUGGUGCCGCGCACCGCGCCCUACCUGCCCGCCCGGGGGCUGCCCCUGCCCUGAGCUGCUCACACCGCUCUGCUGCCGCCCAUCCCCUCCCAGCCAGCCCUGCCAAAGCUGCUCCUGUAGAAAACGUAACACUGAUGGCUGCUGCGGUCAGCGCUGCCUUCCCAAUCGCGAUUUCUGCAGCAAUGAAGGUCUGAAUUACAGAAAGGUGGUGGUCUCUCAGUUGUCCACUAUUUGAAGUGUAACUUCCUUGUUACAAUUCAUGCUGUGAUUUCAAAACUUCUCAAUAGACUCUUUAAUCUCUCUUAUUUUCUGGCUGGAAAUAUAAUUAAGAAAGCAUUUUUAAUGAACUACAAAUCAAUGUACAAGCUAACUGUUUUCAAGGAGAGCGUUUUGUAAUUAAACAUUACAUUUAGUUUUAAAAGAGUAUCUUAGAAGAUGUAAUUAACUACAUAGCAUUCAAACAAAGCGAUGUGCCUUCUAUUUUUCUAUAGACAGAAAUGAAAGGGAGUUUAAAAUAGGAUUUAAGAACUGGAUUAAUCACUUUCAACAACUACAGCAUAUGGUAGUGUAUUUUUAUAAUCCUUUCUAAUUCUUUUUCACACUAGUCACUUUAUAGAAUAAAUUUGCUUUGCACUGACACAUGCUGGACUCUUCAGAUUUGUGUGUUUCAGGGGUGGUUUGAUUAUUACACUCCCUCCUCAGUGAACAUUUAUAACAUCUCUCCAAACAGUUAAAAUGGCUUAUUAGGAAGUCCAGGUUGUGUUUCAGGAUUCUGAGAAACAACAGCAUUUUUUGCUCCAAGCUCAUCCUCUCAAUAAGGUUUUAAUUGUGCCAAUUAAUGUUGCAGAAUGUACACGUUUCAGGUCAGAGAUCUGACUGCACACCCUGCAGGCUGCGUUUGCCAAGCACAGACACUCAGGGCAAACUGGCAAGGUGAUUUCCCCCAGAGCUGUGUAGAGUUCUGGCAGUUUCACAGCCAAAAAGAAAUACAGGUUCAUCUGUCUUACUAAACAAUAUCUCAGUUUAAUCCAUUUUUCACUCACAGUAGGAACUUUCUAAUAUGAACAUAUUGCUGUCUGCUUUACUCCACUUUAGAAUAUAAAGCUUUUAGUUUCAUAACAAUAAUAAAUGAUCUAUCAGUUCAAUUUCUUAUACCAUAUAUUGUGAGCAGCAAAAGCUUUGAUUACAAAGAUACCCUGCCUUUUGUUUCUUGAUUUAUGAAUUGAACACUGAAUUAUAAAUAAAUGUUGAAACCAA